AUGGGUGUUGGAUGCUGGAGGAAUCCUCUGUUGCUGUUGGCUGCUCUCAUCCUGGCAGCCAGGCUGGGUCACUUUCAAAGGUGGGAAGGCUUCCAGGAGAAGUCCACGAGCAUGAAAAACAUGAAUUCAACCCUCAAGUUCUUCAUUGAAACCUACAACAAUGCUAGCAAUGACACCUACUUAUUUCAAGUUGACAAGCUACUUCGAAGUCAGAUGCAGCUGACGACUGGAGUGGAGUAUAUGGUCACUGUGAAGAUUAGCCGGACCAAAUGUGAGAGGAAUGGCACAAGAAACCAUUCAUGCCCCAUUCAAAACAAAAAAAAGCUGAAAAAGAGUUUCAUUUGUGAUUUUUUGGUGUACACUGUGCCCUGGAUGAACUACUACCAACUCUGGAACAACUCCUGUCUGGAGGCUUGAAUGUAUCGGUGCAAAGAUCUUUGAUGAAAACUUAGAUGGCCACCUGUGCACUUUCUAUUAGACUUCUGAAAGGCCUCAUUCCCUCUCAGCAGGGUCUCCACACACCCACUCACACUUGCACACAGUCACAUACAUGCAUGUGUACUCACAAUGCAUGCAGACACAGGCACACUUACACAUAUGCAGUCUCACACACCCACACUCAUGCACACACUCAUAUGCUUACACACUCACACUCACUCAUGCACAUGUUCAGUGGCCUUUAGGGGGCUGGUACAAUUUGAACAGAAGGCUGUUAGCUCUUUGGAAGAAACACAUAGUUUUUCUACUUUGGCACAUAGCUCUGAGAGUUGUGAUUCUGGCACAUCCUGACCUCUGGCCUGAGCUUGCAGGAUCUCUGUUUCUUCCCCACACUCUCUGUGACUUGCACAUCUUUGUGAGUGUGGCUGAGGUCCCCAAGUUCACUAGUCCAGUAACUCAGUAGGAGGACCCCCAGGACACAGCAUACAGUUGUACUCAUAGCUAUGGCUUAUUACAGUGAAAGGAUACAAGACAAAACCAGCAGAGAGAAAAGGCUGAUGGGGAGAAGUUUUGGGGAACUAGAUGCAGGUUUCCAGAGUCCUCUCCUGAUGAAAUCACAUGAAUGCACUUAAUUCUCCAGCAGUGAGUUGUGAUAACAUGUGUAAAAUGUGUUUCCCAGGGAAGCUCAGCAGAGACUGAGUGCCACAGAUUUUCCCUGGAGUGCACACAUAGGGAGCCUCUGCCUAGCAUGUGUCCAAACUUCAGACUUCCAGAAGAAAAGCAGGUGUGUGGCACAAAUCACAUUGUACAAACAGUGUAGACACAUGAGGUCCUCUCAUUACUUGGGGAAAGUUUUGUAUCAGUGUAGGGAACUGUUUACCAUCCAGGUUCUGACACUCCAACCAAGGCCAACUUUACAAGUGGGCCUUUCCUAGGACAGCAGUCUUGACUGGCUGUGUGAACUCUUUCCUUCACAGAGAGUUCCUGAGCCUCCCAUGUGCUCAAUGCUGGUGGAAUGAGACUUAUGGGGUCUUCCCUCAUGUGACUCAGUUGAGCAGAGUAGCUCUACACUGGAUCAGAAAUGGGGAGCAGAUGUGGGCUGAGAGCUUCCUCAGGGACCAUGACCAUCAGCACACUCAUAAUGGCAACUUGAGAGAAUAUUUCCAAAGGGAAGAGUUAACACACAAACUAGAACUUCAAAUUCACCUGAGAGGCUUCAGGGAGAAGGGAGAGUGGAGGUGCAGUGUUAAAGGUGGGGAAAUUCUCAUGCAAGAGAGAAGCCCAGAGCAUCCAGCUCUGCAAAUCUAAUGUCAUUAAGGGCUGAGUGGGUGCCUGGCAUGGGCCUCCUCUCCUCACUUUCUCAUUUGGUUAUCAUGACAAUCCUAUGAAAUGGCAACUCUCACCUCCAUCUUACAUGUGAACAGCCUCUCUCCAGAUCCUGCCAUCCUAGCUGAAUUUGGCUUGUUUGUUGAACUUUUACAAAUGGAAUCAUACAGUAUAUAUUCUUUUGUUUUGGAUUUUUUUUCACUCAACAUAUUUCUGAAUUCAUUCACGUUGUGUGUAAUUGUAGUUCACUUUAAAAUUGGGUAGAAUACUAUUGUGUGAAUAUGCCUAACUGUAUUUAUCAAUUCUACUGAUAAUGAACUUUAUGGUAGUUUCUAACUUCUAAGAAUAAUAGCUAUUAAGAAUGAACAAGCAUGCUCCUGUCUAAUGGUGGACAUAUGCAUGUGUUUCUGUUGGGUACACACCUAAGGGUGGAAUUGGUGGACAAUAGCAGAAGUGUGCAUCCAAACAUUAGCUAAUUUACUCAAGAGUUUUAAAAACAUUUGUGAUUUUUUUUUACUUAAUUUACCUCUCUAAUGUUACUUAAUUAUUGAUUUAAACCUUGUUCAAGUUCUAAGUUCUUACUUUUUAAAAUACAUUUUGGUUA